GCGCGAUCGCCGCCGCGCUCAGCACCGCCGAGGCUAGGAGUGGGGCGGCUGCGGGUGUCGCGGAUAUCGAUGAGAGAAGCGCUGGAGACGCUCGUGCUGAACCCGGCCUCGGCCCUCACGGCGGCGGUCGCGUAUGGCAUGAUGCUGCGCUCGGGCGCAACCUUCGGCAGCCUGCUCAACCCUUGGGGGCUGAGCCUUCCGCUGUGGGUCGCGGGGUAUCUGGCAGUUCGCAUGGCGCUGCUCGGCUUCGUGGACGGUUUCGUGUGGGCGCUCGCGCCGCGGCUUCCGGCGCUGCCAUCCCGCGUCGGACCCAAGCCGGUCUUCCAGCACAAGAUCAACGCCACCGACGUGGCGUACCUCGUCGUCAACUCGACGGUGGAGUACGUAUUUGCGCUCCAGAUCUCGCACCUGCUGUGGUUCGCGCCGCUCGUCGUGAGAGCGCCCACCAGCCUCUCGCUGCUCAACGGGCCACUCGCGUUUUGGAUGCUGCUCGUGGUCGACGACAUGCUCUACGCGCCGCUGCACCGCGCCAUGCACUUGCAGGCGGUGUAUCGCUGGGUGCACAAGCACCACCACCGCAACACGUUUCCAGCGCGCGGCUACAUCGACGCCGCCAACGAGCACCCGGUCGAGCAGAUCGCCGCGCUCUGCCUGCACUGGGUUGCUGUCCAUGUGGUUGCGCACACGGCGGGGCUGCACGUCGCGGCCGUGCUCGCCCACUUCGGAGUCAAGGCCCUCGGCGCCUGCUUCAACCACACCGGGUACGACGUGCAGCUGCGCUUCUGUGGCAUCGAGUACUCCGUGCGCGCGCACGAGACGCACCACCGCAAGCCAAACACCAACUUUGCGCAGUACGUCAUGUUUUGGGACAAGCUGAUGGGCACGUACAAGGAGUACGAGUCGGGGGUCAAGGCCUCCGCAGCUGCCGCCGCCACGCCCGCCAACCUGUCCAAGCCGGACGCGGCGCGGCUUCCGGCGUGGGCCGACCCCGCUGUCGAGGCGCGAGAAGGGCGCGUGACAGAGCGACCCCAGCCCCGCGCCGGGUAGGCCUAGACCCAUGGUGACCGCGUCCCGCCCAGCCCCUACCCACGUACCGAGUCGCUGCCGUCGCGUCUCUGACUGAGGCGUAGCAUGGAUAGAAGAGGCGCUGCUUUUAUUUGUGAGACGAGAAGAAGAAGAAGAAAAACUUGU